AUGAGCCAGUACCUCAUGCUCAGCCAGAAGUCUCAGAUCACUCAGGACAGGUCAUCGACCCAGGCCAAGGGUCAGGACGAUGACCAGUCCCUUUCUUCUGGUUGUCCCCUUAAUGACUUGUCGUCUGUUACCAUCAGACCAUUGGGUGUGUUAGGAAGGAACUUUCCACACUAGCUUCAGAUAUUGUGUAUAUGAUGUGUUUUAUAUUCUGUUGGUGAAUUUAAAUUAUUUGCAUUUAAACUCUUAUUUGCAUAGAUGAAUAAUGAUAUUGUUCACUCUUCAGAUUUCCUCUGCGGUUUCCAGCCUCAUAAAGAUGCCGCAUAGAUGCUGUUUAUAUUUAGACGGUAUGUUGGUAUGUUGAAUUAAAGUGUCAGCACACAGAAUAUUAACGGGUAAUGAAGAAAUAUGCACCCCGCAAAUAGAGGAGAGUGGGUGAAUAAGAGGUAUUAAACACCAUAAUGCAGCUACCUUUAUCUCUCCCUAGCUGAACACUGGAAUGCCAUCUGAAUAAAGCACUAUUUGUCUUCAUUAGAGCUGUAUAAGGGACAGAACUGUAAUGCCCCCUGUAUGUACACCACCACCUCUCCUUAGCUGUCCCCGCCGCGUGGGGCUGCCUGCCUCCCUGUCUAGUACAUCCACACACACAGUACAUGUCGUUGGUUUUACAGGCCCUCGCUUAUUAUUCACUGUUGGGUUAUCUCUUGACAGAUAUGCAAUGGAAUGUAAAUUCCCUCCCUUGUUUGGGAGGUUGUGUACAUGCCAUUCGGUUAAUCACUCAUCCUCGCUGCUCGUCCCCCCUUCUCCCUCAGGCGUUGACUUUGUGAUGGAUGAGACGGGGGGUUGAGGAGUGAGGAAGAUCCAUUCAAGUUUGGCCAUAUGAAGAGAGCCUCUGUGUGAAAGAGGUUGGUGUGUGGUGGGGGAUUGUGUACGGUGAGGGGUUGUGUGUGUGUGUGUACAGGUACACACUUGUAUAUAUGUAUGUGUGUGUGUUCAUGUUCAAUAUGCACACCACACACACUAAUACAUCCAGACAUUGAACAGGCAGCCAUUGGAAAUCUGAGUAGUGCCUCAUUGUUUCUGGCUAGAGAGCCAGUGUUACUUCAUCUGUAGACCCUGUGUUGCUGGCUGCUAAACGCCAUUAAGUUGGCUGCUAGCCAGCUUAACCCAGUGAACUUACUGCAGGCGAGAUAACAGGAGAUGCUGUCAGAGCCCUGAGGCAGGUCCUGAGGAGCAACACACACCGCUUUAUGGGUUUUUAAUGACUCUUCAAGGACUUAAUGACCCAGAGAAAUCUGAAGCACAAAACUCUUCUAUUCUUAAGUAAAUAAUUGAAUCAGUUUCAUUCCAGUAGUGAUUAUUGCAGUGUGUUUAAAGAGGAGUUAACAGACUGGUUGGUGAGCCUGGUCCAUGCCCUGGCCCCAUGGUUCUCUCUGUCUCUCUCCUCUCUCUCUCUCUCUCUCUCUCUCUCUGUGAUGGCCUGUCACUCCACAGUGCUUCAUCCCCACCGGUCUGGCCUCCCCUCCGCUGCUCCAAUGCUGAUAACCUCCCUGACAGGCCUCUUUCAUGAGCCUCAAAUGUCUCCGCUGCCUUUGAACGCGCAUCACGCUGCCUGUUAUCUUCCCUCACACACGUUGGCCACCCACCCCAGCCCUAACCCCCACCUUCUCUCCCCCUGCACAGAGCGGGCGCUCUGCCAGCCUGACCGUAGCUCUUCUCUCCCCUGGGAGCCCCGCUGUGUGGCCAGCUGUGAGUCUAGGCAGAACGGGCACACUGUCAUCUCCCCUCCAUCACUCUCUUGCUCACCUCCACUUUCAUAUUUAAUAGGAACAUAUUCUCUUCACUACAGAUAAGUGUUGGGAGAGAGGGAUAGAGAGAGGUGGAUGGUGAUGCGAUGGAUACAACGUGCAUUUCCUAUGAGGUGGCAUUUGGCGGUUUCUUCCACAAUCAGCUGUGAACUACUAGUUUCUGGUGAUGGUGAUAUGAGAGCAUCUGCAAAAGCUAUUUUUGUUUUUCUGAGCUCUCAUCCAGCUCCUAAUAAACGCCAUAAACAUUGCAAUCUACUAACUUAUUUUGAAUAUGCAUGCAAUUAGCAGGGCAAAUUAAGCAGAACUAAAUGAAAUGGCACAAGUGGGCCAGUGAUUUAUGUGGCAUCGCUGUUUACACUGAUGAAGUAGCGCUGCCUAAUUAAAAGAACAAGGUAAACAAAUACCUCUUGUAGAGACCUCUAAAAAAAAAAAGAUAUCUGGAGUUUUUAUGGAAUGUCUGUCUCUCUCUCCUCUCACUCUCACUCUCACUCUGUCUCUCACUCUCUUCAUCAUCAGUAUAGACUGGCACAAGACAGAACACUCCAGAUGACACAGUACCAGAAUGUCACGUCACAGGAGGCUAUGUCAUUGUGUCUUCCUGUUCCUGUCAUCUCCAUUAUAUUCUAAGAGUCCAACAAGUUCUGGCUCUGGCCAAUGUUCAGUCAGUUGGAUGUUUGAAGCUUUGUAGAUUUAGAAUGGGAUUGUGCCCAACAGGAUAACUGUUAUAUAUUUUUUUACUUUAGUAUAUACUGCAAUUCAGUUGCCUUGUGGUUAGUGUCCGCCCUGAGAUUGGAAGGUUGGGAGUUUGAUCCCUGACCGAAUGAAAUCCAAAAACUGUAAAAAUUGGACCCGAUGCGUCUCUGCUUGAUACUCAGCAUUAAGGAGAUAGAUUGGGGGUAAGGCCAUGCGAUAGACUAGUGUCCUGUCCAGGGGGUGUACUUGUCCAUCAAGCUGCCUCACGCUCCUGCUCCUAUGAGCCAUUAUGACUCGCACAUUCCAAGGCUUGUGCAAGGAUACUUGCUAUAUACUACAGUGUUUAAUUUGCAUAUACCCUGCUCAUUCCCCUCCCCCAUAUCCCAAUUUCUGCAACCAAUGAGUGAGAAAAGUACAUGCCAACUAUAGACCAUAUAUUGUGUUCUCUACACGUUACAGAAAAGAGCAGAAGCUUGAACUAUUCGUUCAGACCUCAGUACUACCUACCUACAGUUUAUGGAACAUUUGCUCUUUUAGUAUUUCUCCAGUAGGUUUCCUCAAGGAGAAAGACUCCACUUCUAUGUCAAAGAUAAUAAAACAAAAACAAUAUAGUAAAUAAUACAGUAAUGUCCACAAAAACACUACAGUAAAUACUACAGUAUACUACGUUCCGCAAAAACACUACAGUAAAUACUACAGUUUACAACAAUCUUCAAAAACACAACAUGAAUUACUAUAGUAUGUACUACAGUUUUCUUUUACUACAGUAUUUAUACUAUAGUUAAUUGUAAAUACUACAGUAUACAGUUAACUAUAGUACUGUAGUGUUUUUGCUGACAUUAGUCCGCAAAAACACUACCAUGAUGUCUGCAAAAACACUACAGUGAAUACUACAGUAAAGUCAGCAAAAAGACUACAGUGAAUACUAUAGUAUUUACAGUGCAUUCGGAAAGUAUUCAGACCAUUGACUUUUUCCACAUUUUGUUACGUUACAGCCUUAUUCUAAAAUGUAUUAAAUAAAUGUUUUCCCUCAUCAAUCUACACACAAUACCCCAUAAUGACAAAGUGAAAACAGGUUUUUAGAAAUGUUUGUACAUUUAUUAAUAAUAAAAAACAUUAUUUACUUAAGUAUUCAGACCCUUUGCUAUGAGACUCGAAAUUGAGCUCAGGUGCAUCCUGUUUCCAUUGAUUAUCCUUGAGCUGUUUCUACAACUUGAUUGGAGUCCACCUGUGGUAAAUUAAAUUGGUUGGACAUUAUUUGGAAAGGCACACACCUGUCUAUAUAAGGUCCCACAGUUGAAGGACAACCAUCUUUGCAGCACUCCACCAAUCAAGCCUUUAUGGUAGCGUGGCCAGACGGAAGCCACUCCUCAGUAAAAGGCACAUGACAGCCCGCUUGGAGUUUGCCAAAAGGCACCUAAAGACUCUCAGACCAUGAGAAACAUGAUUCUCUGGUCUGAUGAAACCAAGAUUGAACUCUUUGGCCUGAAUGCCAAGCGUCACGUCUGGAGGAAACCUGGCACCAUCCCUACAGUGAAGCAUGGUGGUGGCAGCAUCAUGCUGUGGGGAUGUUUUUCAGCGGCAGGGACUGGGAGACUAGUCAGGAUUGAGGAAAAGAUGAAUGGAGCAAAGUACAGAGAGAUCCUUGAUGAAAACCUGCUCCAGAGCGCUCAGGACCUCAGACUGGGGCGAAGGUUCACCUUCCAACAGGACAACGACCCUAAGCACACAGCCAAGAGUGGCUUCGGGACAAGUCGGGACAAGUCUCUGAAUGUCCUUGAGUGGCCCAGCCAGAGCCCGGACUUGAACCCGAUCCAAACAUCUCUGGAGAGACCUGAAAAUAGCUGUUCAGCGACGCUCCCCAUCCAACCUGACAGAGCUUGAGAGGAUCUGCAGAGAAGAAUGGAAGAAACUCCCCAAAUACAGGUGUGCCAAGCUAGUAGCGUCAUACCCAAGAAGACUCAAGGCUGUAAUUGCUGCCAAAGGUGCUUCAACAAAGUACUGAGUAAAGGGUCUGAAUACUUAUGUAAAUGUAAUAUUUCAGUUUUUUAUUUUUUAAUAAAUUUGCAAAAUUUUCUGAAACCUGUUUUUGCUUUGUCAUUAUGGGGUAUUGUGUUUAGAUUGAUGAGGAAAUAAAAACAUUUAAUCAAUUUUAGAAUAAGGCUGUAACGUAACAAAAUGUGGAUACUUUCCGAAUGCACUGUAUACCAUAGCAUACUAUAGUAUUUUUUCAUGUGGGUCUGCUGCUUGCAUCCAAUAUGCCCUGGAGACAUCAACAUUCGUCCUGACUGAGAGAUAAAAAAUUGGUAGAAUGGACUGUAUAGUUGGAGAGAGAGACUCUGUGAGAGACAGUGUAGGGCAGAGUACACCCUGGGGGUUUGGUAGAAUCGGGUGAGCUGGGCUCUGUGACUUCCUCCUAAUGCUCAAGGCACCUCCACUGUCACUGAGUCCCAUGGGAUGUCCUACUGAGUGAGAGAACAACCUUCUACCAAUGAUUCACCUCUUCCCAAAGCAAAACACAUGGAUCACCGUGGGGACACGUCACUGGUGAGGCAGUGCCAACUAAAGGACCUGACGCCUGUCUGUGCCAGCCCAGUCAUACACCCAGACAUUUCUAUCUGGCACACAGUUUUGUGCAGUAUGUGUGACUUGGAUAAGCUGUGGAUAGAGGCUCCAGAGAUGUUAGAGUGCAGACUCAAACUACAAAAUGGCUCUGUGCAUUCUCCACUGUGUUUCAGCCUCUCUCAUCACCUCAGCCUGACAAAUGAGGAUAAAGAAUUGUCACCCUCUGCUCCCAGGCAGGUCACUUCACACAGUGUCUCAGAGCAACGUGUCGAGGCCUUAAGAUGCACUCAUCCAUGCCGCAACAUAACAUCCAAUCCAAGAUUUAUUCCGAAAAGGCCUUUGGGCUGACAGCAAAUUGAAACAGGUUAUAGGGUAAGGGAAAAAUCAAACAACUGGAGGUUUGAAGACUGCCACUGUAAUUCUGUCACUUGAAUCAGUUUACCUUCCUUUUAGAAGUAGCUGUGUGACAGCUCACCUCAUUAUUGCACUGUGCAUCUGAGCAGAGCUGAGCUAAGCUGAGACCGACCUGUAAGAAUCGGCUUUUCAUCCUCAGAGCAAGGCUGCAUAACACCGCAAUGCCUGCUACUCCCAAAACAAUUACAUGCUAACCUGGAAUGUGAAAUGAGAAUUAAACUUAUAAUCGCUCAGCGGUGAGGGAUCCCAAGGCAGGAAGUUAUUAUAUUAGCUGCUAGAGCUCUAACCUCUGUCCUAACCCUAUAUCUCUGUCUCAUUUGCCUUUGUCUGAGAACCAGGGAUAACACUCUCUCCUAUUGGCUGUCAUAGUGAAAGGACACCAUCCUUUGUGAGGAUACCAUUAAAGACACUUCAUUCCGAGGACACAAUUCAUGGUGAGGACUCCUCAUGUGAGCCCUUGUCAUAUCAACAGUCCUGCAGCCACAUUACUCUCACCCUGCCACCACGGCACUAAGGCUGAGGUCUUUAAUUGCUUGUCCAACUGAAUAUUCUCUGGUUUCCCUCUUCAUCUGCUGAGCUGAUUCCCCCCCUCCUCAUUAGCAUUUUCUGCACCCCAGCUAUUUCCUGCAGGCCAGAACAAGGACAUGUUCAUAAUGUGUCCGUUCAGCUCACAGAAGAAAAGCCAGUUUACCAGCCUAUAAAACCUGGCGACAGCGAGGUGGCAGUCAGCAAACUCCCAGCUUUUCUUUUUUCAUCAGCAAUGGAAAUAACAGUCACUCCAUCGCCUGAGGUGGGUGAUUCUAAAUGAAUGGCUUACUUGGCAUGAGGAUACGAAAGAAUAUCUUGGAAUAGGGGUUGAAUGAGAUGAUGGUUUGAUCGGAAUGUUUUUGAGUUAGCCAUUGUGUGAUGUGUUCUUUUCAUCUUUCUACAAUGCAUCUUCCUGCUACUACUAUUUUAUGAGGGAAAUUCAAUGAUGAAACAUAACAUCAGGACUCUAUUCAUUUAUCCAGAGAACGAUGGGACUUGACAGGCAACAUGUCAUUCCUGGCUGUAGAACUCCCUCCUGCACAGCCAGUCCUGGUGCUCCAUGUUUCUUUAUUAGCCACUGCAGCAAACAGAACCGCAGCUCCCUGGUGGAUAGGGAAAUGCACUCCCCUUCUCAUCCCCUUAUUUGUCGAGCCUCCUGUGCUAUUAAACACGGGGGCCAUUCCCAGUGAAAGAUGGGAAGGCGCACCAGCACUCGAUUUACUCUGGUAAUACCCCCAUCUGGACAUGAGCGAUACAUUUACUGAGGGGCUAGGUCUGCCGGGUGCCCCCCACCAUUACAAAGGAUUCCACUGUGUUUGGCUCCAGUAGAGAAUCGUGUAUAUUGCCCCUAUCUUAUUAUGAAGGCAGUUUCAGACUUUCUAACUCUGUUAUGAGCCAUACCAGAGCUUAUGUUGUCCGUGAGGCUUUUCACACUAGCCAAGUCAUGCUCAGGUCCACUCAGGUCUUUGAUUUUGUGUUUUAAAUACCUCAUUAGUAGCUCUCUUCAGCCACUUUCCCUGCGAAAUCCAGAGCGUAAUUAAUGACUCUGACCUGCAGUUGAAAAUUCCCCUGGUUGACUCCUUGUAAAACAUCAAAGAAAUACGUAGAGGCAAAGUGGAGAGGUCGAAGAGCAGAGUCUGUCUCUCUCAGGUCAACUAAUAUUCCUUCCUUUUCAGUCCUGCUCUCUCCUGGUUUUCCCUGCUGUUCCAUUGACUGUGCUGUGCUGUGCUAUACUAACCUGACCUGUACCUGCAUGGGAUGCUACUGUCCUUCAUUUCUCUUACUCUGUUCUCUUCUGUUUUCCCCUUUCCCCCUCAUCUCUCUCUCUUUAUCUCGAUCUUUCUCUGCCUCUCUCUGCCUUAUCUCUCUCUGCCUCGCUCUCGCGUUCUUUCUCUUAUCGCUAUCUCUCUGCCUCUACCUCUCUCUCUUCCCCUCCUUCCCUCUUGCUCCCGUCCUGGUGACCUGGGCUGCCUGCAGUAGAGAUUAAAGUGAUCAAGGACCUGCCGUGGCCCCCUCCUGUCGGCCAGCUCAACCACAGUCCUCCCCUGGCCCUGCUGGAGGGGGUGGAGUCACCCCCCGCUCUGCCCCCCCAGCCAGCCCAGCACUCCCCUGGACACACUGGCUGUGACCAGCACCACCAUGGUGGGUCUUAUUGUCCCUGUCCUGUCUGUCCAUCCCAACACCAUCGGAGACCCUCAUCCAAUGUCCCUCAUCAACAAUGUCUCCUUGCCUCUCUCUUGCCAUCUCCAUAUCUAAUUUCCAUUGCUCAUCUUCCUCUUCAUCCUGUUCCCUGAUAGGGUACUGUACUGGUGAACUGUCUGUUGAAGUUGAGAAAUGACAAAUUGCGUGGGUGACUACAUACCAUACAGUUGUAAGACAACAUUCCAUUCACUAUGACAACAUGUGAAAACCGGAACAGACAGUUAUAUAUGUGUGACCUCAUUGAGUGAGGAGGAAGUGAUUGAUCAGCUCUACAGUAUAUUUUUUAAUCAGUUUGACGGUUCACAUUAUCUCUGUAGUAACUGCCCUUUUCCAUCUGGAUUAUAUAUGGCAGAAAAUCACUAGCACCAGUCCAGGUUGUGUGGACGAAGGCUCAUUACUUUUAAUGCCGCUGAAUUGCCUUCUGAAUGGGUAAUUGGAAGUGUAGGUGACCCCUAAUGCUACUGUCAACAUAGGCAUAAGUGUUCCAAGGCAAGCAUCCCCCUGCCCACUGCUCUUUAUAGCUCAUACUACCAAACCCUUGAUUAAGAACCCAUUGAAAUCCCCAAGUUUACUUCUCUUCAUUUAGGUUAGAACAUCUAUGUACCACAAAGUGUCUGACCUUGCUUUUAUAAUGCUCUGUGACCAAAUAAUAACCCUAUUUCCAGAGUUGUGGACUCGAGACACGAAUUUGAUGACUUGAGACUCGACUUGAUAGAAAAUAAAAUAACUUUGACUUGGAGACUCGAGACUCGACUUUGACUUGAGACUGAUGACUUAAAAUUAUCUGGCCAGGGUUUAUGUUUUUUUUGUCACUCAUUUUGUGGCACAAUCUCCGUAGAUUACGCUCCACACAGCCUGAGACAGUAGCCGCAGCAUCGCCCUUGCAAAAAAAACAUGCAACAGAUUGGCUAGUGAAACGCACACUUGGCCCUCUGAUUGGACCAGCAAACUGUCAAUCAACAAGGUCGGGUGCGCUAGUGAACAGAUUACUGAUUUCCUGUACAGCUAUAGGAUCGGGUGCAGCGCAAACAGCACAUUUUAGGGAGAGGAUUGCCAUGAUAAAUAUGCAGCUCCAAAUAUAGUUUGUUAAUCAAGCAUAUUGACUGUUUACUUUGCAAGCUCACCAGCAAUGGGGCAUCAAGCAACAAUUAGACCUAGUAUAGGCCUACUGGUCAUUUGGUAUGUCAAAAUUGCUUGAAAUUGAUCAAUUACUUAUGAAGCUUGCAUUUGUAAUUUGUUAAAAUGAAUUAUUACUGUGGCGAGGACGCACCAUAGGCUCGUCUCUCCACUUGAGCUCUCCAUACUCCCCCCAGUGGAGAAUGCUUUGUUCUCUUGCUUUCACAGGUUAAAAUGCAUAUGUGCUAAACCUAUAUUCCAUCUAAUCCUAUAAUAUUUGCUAGCGUUUCAUCAUUCCGUCCCGUACCGUUUAUUGCAACACUUAGACAUUUCUGUUUCAUGUUUGAUACGAUCCAUUUUCAUUUACCUUACCAUUCCUUACCCUCUGAGUGGGCGCAAAGUUCAUUAUGCACAUGAAUGUGCGCAAGACUCAUGAGGUAGAAGUUCUGUUUAUUUAAUUCAAUGUAUGGCUUCCUUUGUUCAUAUUUCCCGGGUUAUGUCCGAGUUCCGUUUGUCUGUGUCCUAUGUCUCUGUCAUUCUGGUUGUGCGUAAUAGGCGAAUUGUGCGAAAUAGGCUACGUGGCCUGCACGCCAUGCUUUGGAUGAAUAAGAUAAAUGAUUGUUCCAUGUAUGAAUGGUGAUUAAAUUAGUAAUAAUUAAGUCUGAUUAAAACGAAUGUACUAAUGUAACAAUGGAUGUGGAAAUUGCCUUUUACAUUGUAGAACCAGUUUAUUGGUUGUAAUUGCCAAUUGGGUAAUUGUAUGGUCCUGGGAGUGGUCAAGUGCUUAUAUAUACCUGUUUGAGCUCCUGUUAGUCUUGCCUGCUACCUGUGUCUGUUCAGAUAGGACAGGUUAUGCAUCAUACAGAAGCUAUUUCUUUUGGGCUGUGUAUAUUUGGUGAAUCUACUUGUAUAUUUGUAUGAUAUGGUGCUUUCACCAUUGGAUCACCAAGACCUGUAAAUAAAUCUACACUGAGUACGUCAACCUGCCUUGCCUUCUGCUGAUGUCAUGCCCUUACGACUGCUACAAGGUCCCUAUUUUAUAAUUACAUAAUCUAAAUGUGUUGUAGACAAAAGUAUAAAAAGUGCUGUCUGGUAGCCUCAAUAAAUAGACAAAGAUUUGCUGUCAUUGUAUGUAUAGAUUAAUUGUUUACUUGACUUGAAAAAAAACGUGUCUCGACUUGACGUUGUCUUAGAAUGCACGACUUGGACUUGACUCAAGACUAGACCCAUUCUACAGUUGAAGUUGGAAGUUUACAUACACUUAGGUUGGAGUCAUUAAAACUCGUUUUUCAACCACUCCACAAAUGUCUUGUUAACAAACUAUAGCUUUGGCAAGUCAGUUAGGACAUCUACUUUGUGCAUGACACAAGUAAUUUUUCCAACAAUUGUUUACAGACAGAUUAUUUCACUUAUAAUUCACUGUAUCACAAUUCCAGUGGGUCAGAAGUUUACAUACACUAAGUUGACUGUGCCUUUAAAUAGCUUGAUGUCAUGGCUUUAGAAGCUCUGACAUCAUUUGAGUCAAUUGGAGAUGUACCUUUGGAUGUACAGUGGGGAAAAAAAGUAUUUAGUCAGCCACCAAUUGUGCAAGUUCUCCCACGUAAAAAGAUGAGAGAGGCCUGUAAUUUUCAUCAUAGGUACACGUCAACUAUGACAGACAAAUUGAGAAUUUUUGUUCUCCAGAAAAUCACAUUGUAGGAUUUUUUAUUAAUUUAUUUGCAAAUUAUGGUGGAAAAUAAGUAUUUGGUCACCUACAAACAAGCAAGAUUUCUGGCUCUCACAGACCUGUAACUUCUUCUUUAAGAGGCUCCUCUGUCCUCCACUCGUUACCUGUAUUAAUGGCACCUGUUUGAACUUGUUAUAAGUAUAAAAGACACCUGUCCACAACCUCAAACAGUCACACUCCAAACUCCACUAUGGCCAAGGCCAAAGAGCUGUCAAAGGACACCAGAAACAAAAUUGUAGACCUGCACCAGGCUGGGAAGACUGAAUCUGCAAUAGGUAAGCAGCUUGGUUUGAAGAAAUCAACUGUGGGAGCAAUUAUUAGGAAAUGGAAGACAUAAAAGACCACUGAUAAUCUCCCUCGAUCUGGGGCUCCACGCAAGAUCUCACCCCGUGGGGUCAAAAUGAUCACAAGAACGGUGAGCAAAAAUCCCAGAACCACACGGGGGGACCUAGUGAAUGACCUGCAGAGAGCUGGGACCAAAGUAACAAAGCCUACCAUUAGUAACACACUACGCCGCCAGGGACUCAAAUCCUGCAGUGCCAGACGUGUCCCCCUGCUUGUAAGUCGCUCUGGAUAAGAGCGUCUGCUAAAUGACGUAAAUGUAAAUGUUAAGCCAGUACAUGUCCAGGCCCGUCUGAAGUUUGCUAGAGUGCAUUUGGAUGAUCCAGAAGAGGAUUGGGAGAAUGUCAUAUGGUCAGAUGAAACCAAAAUAGAACUUUUUGGUAAAAACUCAACUCGUCGUGUUUGGAGGACAAAGAAUGCUGAGUUGCAUCCAAAGAACACCAUACCUACUGUGACGCAUGGGGGUGGAAACAUCAUGCUUUGGGGCUGUUUUUCUGCAAAGGGACCAGGACGACUGAUCCGUGUAAAGGAAAGAAUGAAUGGGGCCAUGUAUCGUGAGAUUUUGAGUGAAAACCUCCUUCCAUCAGCAAGGGCAUUGAAGAUGAAACGUGGCUGGGUCUUUCAGCAUGACAAUGAUCCCAAACACACCGCCCGGGCAACGAAGGAGUGGCUUCGUAAGAAGCAUUUCAAGGUCCUGGAGUGGCCUAGCCAGUCUCCAGAUCUCAACCCCAUAGAAAAUCUUUGGAGGGAGUUGAAAGUCUGUGUUGCCCAGCGACAGCCCCAAAACAUCACUGCUCUAGAGGAGAUCUGCAUGGAGGAAUGGGCCAAAAUACCAGCAACAGUGUGUGAAAACCUUGUGAAGACUUACAGAAAACGUUUGACCUGUGUCAUUGCCAACAAAGGGUAUAUAACAAAGUAUUGAGAAACUUUUGUUAUUGACCAAAUACUUCUUUUCCACCAUAAUUUGCAAAUAAAUUCAUCAAAAUUCCAACAAUGUGAUUUUCUGAAGAAAAAAAAUCUCAUUUUGUCUGUCAUAGCUGAUGUGUACCUAUGAUGAAAAUUACAGGCCUCUCUCAUCUUUUUAAGUGGGAGAACUUCCACAAUUGGUGGCUGACUAAAUACUUUUUUCCCCACUGUAUUUCAAGGCCUACCUUCAAACUCAGUGCCUCUUUGCUUGACAUCAUGGGAAAGUCAAAAGAAAUCAGCCAAGAUGUCAGAAAAAGAAUUAUUGACCUCCACAAGUCUGAUUCAUCCUUGGGAGCAAUUUCUAAACGCCUGAAGGUACCACGUUCAUCUGUACAAACAAUAGUAUGCAAGUAUAAACACCGUGGCAGCAUCAUGCUGUGGGGGUGCAUUGCUGCAGGAGGGACUGGUGCACUUCACAAAAUAGAUGGCAUCAUGAGGAAGGAAAAUUAUGUGGAUAUAUUGAAGCAACAUCUCAAGACAUCAGUCAGGAAGUUAAAGCUUGGUCGCAAAUGGGUCUUCCAAAUGGACAAUGACCCCAAGCAUGCUUCCAAAGUUGUGGCAAAUGGCUUAAGGACAACAAAGUCAAGGUAUUGGAGUGGCCAUCACAAAGCCCUGACCUCAAUCCUAUAGAACAUUUGUGGGCAGAACUGAAAAAGUUUGUGUGAGCAAGGAGGCCUACAAACCUGGCUCAGUUACACCAGCUCUGUCAGGAGGAAUGGGCCAAAAUUCACCCAACUUAUUGUGGGAAGCUUGUGGAAGGCUACCCGAAACGUUUGACCUAAGUUAAACAAUUUAAAGGCAAUGCUACCAAAUACGAAUUGAGUGUAUGUAAACUUCUGACCCACUGGGAAUGUGAUGAAAGAAAUACAAGCUGAAAUAAAUAAUUCUCUCUACUAUUAUUCUGACAUUUCACAUUCUUAAAAUAAAGUGGUGAUCCUAACUGACCUAAAACAGGGAAUUUUUACUAGAAUUAAAUAUCAGGAAUUGUGAAAAACUGAGUUUAAAUGUAUUUGGCUAAGGUGUAUGUAAACUUCCAACUGUACUUAAGACUUGACUUGAGACUCGGACCUUGUGACUUGAGACUUGGACCUUGUGACUUGAGACUUGCUUGUGAUUCGAAUAAUAGCGACUUGGUCCAUUUCCAAUUAAGAAGCCUCAGUGUGUUUGCUGAUGUUUACAGCUUUUCCACAGCUCUGCAAUCAGUAACUAAUUAUCCAGGGAGAGAGAGGAGAGGGGCUAUGUGUAGCAGAACUAAUACCCAGGCUGAGGCUCUGUACUCCCCUGGUAGUGUAGAGGGGGUGUAUUACUGUAGAGAGACCAGUGGAGGCUGGAGUUUAAAUUGGAAACCAUGUGUUUAAUGUCCUUCAUACUGUUCUAUCCAUUCCAUUCCAGCCAUUACAAUGAGCCAUCCUCCCUCCAUCACCAGAGAGAGAGCCAGUAAGAUGAGCUGGCUGUUUUCUGAGGGUGAGGACAGGACAUGAUUUAUGCCCCAUAAUGCCUUGGGAAUGGCUCCACUUCCACCAUGCAUGGGAUAUGAGUGGGUUUUAGUGUGGCGUCUGGCUGUAAGAGGAUCCUCUCUCUGUCUGAACUCCCACUACAUCACAGGGGUCAGAGGUUGGAUAUAGAGACUGGGGGGGGGGGGGCUCCACUCACACAGGAGGACAUAGUCAGAGUAGGUAGAAGUUGUUCCUAACCACUGCUAAUCUAAUCCUAGAACUGUUGUUAGGGGCAAAAGCCAUUGCUCUUUGUGGCCCUAGCCAGGUCUCCAUGCUAGAAGUGUUACCAGGGCCAUUUAUGAUUAGCUUUGUGAUAUGGACCUGGAUGGUACAGCGCCCAGUACAGCUGAACAGAACCUGUCUAACCAGUUCAAUAUAAUUAUCAUAUUUAAAUAUUGCCUGACAGCCGUGACAGUACAGAUAUUACAUCUACAUAUAAACAGAAGACAAAGUCCUUUGUCUGGAUGUAAUAAAGAGCUUUUCCUUUGUUUUCUGGUGUGAAUUGAUUGUCUGGGCCAUUAUCUUACCUUCUCUUCCCGUUGUCUUACUAGAAUACAAAACAAUGUAAUUAAAAGAUAUCCAGAUUUCAUUUUUGUUCAAGGUAUCUGCAGGCGUUUAAGCCUUUGGAGGAUUGUUCCUUUGUCUUUGGAAAACUCGUCAGAACACGUUUUGGGAUUUGAUAGAAAAAUAACAUGCCUUGAUGUUGAACUCAUCGGAGAAUAAGACCAUUGGGCUCAGCAAGUGUGUUUCUAUAUAACCCUUUCAACAUAUCCUAUUCGACUUCCCGAAGCACAAUAUACUCUGGAUGUCAACAGAAAGCAGUGGUUUUACAAGCAGCUCACUCUCUCCCAUGGCAGUGUAUGGUUUCAUGGUUUGAUGCUCACAAUGUGCCGUGCAUUUCAAUGAGUCUUCAGACCUGUUAAUCAUUUGCACUGUCAAGCUGGAAAUCUUAAUUGUAACCCUGUAAUACAGCAGUAGAUCGCAAGCUUUCCCCACUGACCAGUGAACUCACUCUUUUGAUGGAAGUACCAUUAGUAAAUGAGAAUUAAUUAGCUGGCUUAAUUAGUAAAUGUGCUGUGUGGAAAGUGGGUGGUUGUCUCAGUGAGAGGAGGCAGUAGUGAGUGGUUUUCAGCUCUGCUUUUCUCUGGGCAUGUUCUGGUCCUCCAGAUGUCCCUUUGACCUUUGGCCUGUGAUUUAUCUAAGUCCCAGCCAAUCAGUAUCUCUCUCCAUCUCCCUUCCUCUCUACCUCCAUCCCCCUCCCUCCAUCCCUCCAUCCUUGCAGCCUGUGUUUUGUUGGGAGCCUGCAGAGAUGGGUGGGCCCUUCAACCAUCCAUCACCGUCUGACUGACGGUUCAAUCUGAUACCGAGAUUCCAAUUGCUCUGCUUUACACGCCACAAUACAGGUAGUGUAGACAGGCUGGCAGACACACACACAGAAUGGCGUGUGUGUAAGUGUGUGUUUGUGCGUCCGUGUGGGUCCUUACAUCACUCUAACUGCCCCUCAGGGCUCAUUACCUAUGUGCCAAUCCUCUCUUCAAUCUCGUCUUGUCCGUCCUGAGUGUGAGCUGUGGAGAAUGAAAGGGAAUGAGUUUGGGCUGAAUAUCACCAGGAGUCAGCCAAACUAUAAUACUGCUGCUGCUGCAGCUAUUGUGGGGGAGAGGGUUGGCAAUCAUAGAAGACAUGGGCUCUUCACACUCAAACAAAUAAAAUGAUCGCUUUUUUUGUUGUGGUUCACUCCUUAGUAAUUCCUCUUUGAAGCUAUGUGCAUUGCCUCUGAAAAGGCCCUGUUCUGACGGGAGAGGUUGAGUGGUGAACACCCCUGAGGAUAGCCAUUCACUCUGCCUAGGUGGAGGAGUCAAAAGCGAGAGAAGGAAAAUUAUUUAAUCACAUUGAGCUGGUUCCUUGUGGAUCUAAUGUUACUGUAGAUGUCAAUCAGAGUUUAAUUGAGGUGUUAUGAGUGUUUAGGAAUUAAAGUAUUAAGCAUAAUUAAAGUGGGAAUUGAGAGCUCUGACUAGGGCUCAGGUGAACGUCAGUCUAAUCUAUCAUGAUCAAACCAAUAAUAACAGACUUUAGUGUUGGUUCAGAUUCCUUCAUAGCCGUAGACAUGGAAUGUAGACAGACAUUGCCAAUGUCAUGUACUUGUAAGUGAUAGCUGAUAGCAUCAGAGCAUGUUCUGUCUGCCACAGUGAUGACAGAUAGCUGACCGAAAGUGACCGUUUCCUCACAUGGGAGCUCCUCGUGUUCUUAUCAAAACUCAUAAUACUCUCACAUUCACCAACACACACUGACACACUCAUAUAGCCAACACCAACGCACACAUAUACGUUGAGAGCACAGGAGGUUGGUGGCACCUUAAUUGGGGAGGACAGGCUCGUGGUAAAGGCUGGAGCGGAAUUAGUGGAAUGGUAUCAAUUACAUCAAACACAUGGUUUCCAGGUGGUUGAUGCCAUGUCAUUUGCUCCGUUCUGGAUUAUGAACCAUCCUCCCCUCAGCAGCCUCCACUGGUUCAGAGAUACAGGGGACAUUGUUUUUAUAGAGAUAGGGUUUUGUUUUAAUAAAGAGGAAACAAUAUAUUUAGACUACAGCAGUCCCACUACUGCUCUCUCUUUCUCUGACAUUAUUGCACAAACGUACGUGCACACAAACACACACAAGCACACACUCAGGGGAAGGUUUGCUGCAGAGCUACAGAUUGGCUGUGUCUUGGCUGACAGCGUGAGGGGCUGCAAACGCAUCUUUUCCCACCCGGUCAGUCUCCAUGGAAACACUAUCUCACACACAUACACAUAUACAUUAAACAUAUACCAAGAGAGCUACUUGUACCGUUUACAGAAACGGAUGACAUUUGUGUGAGAAUAUAUCAUCCAUAUUAGACUUUCAUGGAACAACGGAAACUAGUAAAACAAAUCAUUUGGCCUCAUUUAUACUGUACAGUGUGUGUCAUCUUCAGACUCAACUAUGUAUUAGUGCAAAAAACACCAUCAUUAUCAUUAUAAUUUUGUUUAGCCAAGCCAUGGAACUGGUUUGAGCUUCAGAGCAAUCUUUCACUAAGGCUGUGUUUACACAGGUAGCCCAAUUCAGAUUUUUUCAUUUUGCCACUAAUUGGUAUUUUAACAAAGUCAGAUAUUUUGCCAGUUAUUUGGGCAAAACAUCAGAAUUGGGCUGCCUGUGUAAACACAGCCUUACUUUAUUAAGGAAGUACUGAUAUGUCAUUCACAUGAACAAUAGAAAUUAGGUUAAGGGGAGCCCCUGGUGGUCAGUGGUGGAACAACAUGAUCAUAUAUGAUGUAGCUUUGCCAGUGGUAAGCACAUGCUAUGCAUGCUUCAGUGAUGCUUAGAAUAUGUUUCUGCUGUUCAGUAUGUAUCUUAGCAUCAGGCAGACAGUUAAUUGCUUCUAGUUGUGCAUGUCAGGCAUUUAAAUGAGGUUGUUUUCGAGGUUGUUUUCUAGAAGACAUCUACAUUUAUUGAUACACUUACGGGUAAUUAUACACUGAACAAAAAUAUAAAGGCAACAUGCAACAUGUCGGAUGAGUAUGCAGACCAUGGAAGAACUGGGACAUUUUCAGCUUCCAGGAAUUGUUUACAGAUCCUUGCAACAUGGGGCCGUGCAUUAUCAUGCUGAAACAUAAGGUGAUGCGGCGGAUGAAUGGCACGACAAUGGCCUCAGGAUCUCGUCACGGUAUCUCUGUGCAUUCAAAUUGCCAUCAAUGAAAUGCAAAUGUGUUUGUUGUCCGUAGCUUAUGCCUGCCCAUACCAUAACUCCACUGCCACCAUGGGGCACUCUGUUCACAACGUUGACAUCAGCAAACCGCUCGCCCACACGACGCCAUACGCUGUCUGCUAAGUGCCUGGUACUGUUGAAACCGGGAUUCAGCCGUGAAGCGUGCCAGUGGCCAUCGAAUGUGAGCGUUUGUCCACUGAAGUCAGUUACGAUGCCGAAUUGCAGUCAGGUCAAGACCCUGGUGAGGACGAUGAGAUGAGCUUCCCUGAGACUGUUUCUGAAAGUUUUUGCAGAGAUUCUUAGGUUGUGCAAACCCACGGUUUCAUCAGCUGUCCGGGUGGCUGGUCUCAGACGAUACUGCAGGUGAAUAAGCCGGACGUGGAGGUCCUGGACUGGCGUGGUUACACGUGGUCAGCGGUUGUGAGGCCGGUUGGACAUACUGCCAAAUUCUCUAAAACGACAUUGGAGGCGGCUUAUGGUAGAUAAAUUAACAUUCAAUUCACUGGAAACAGCUCUGGUGGACAUUCCUGCAGUCAGCAUGCCAAUUGCACACUCCCUCAACUUGAGACAUCUGUGGCAUUCUGUUGUGUGACAAAACUACACAGUGGCCUUUUAUUGUCCCCAGCACAAAGUGUACCUGUGUAAUGAUCAUGCUGUUUAAUCAGCUUCUUGAUAUGCCACACCUGUCAGGUGGCUGGAUUAUCUUGGCAAUGGAGAAAUGCUCACCAACAGUGAUGUAAACAAAUUUGUGCACAACAUUUGAGAGAAAUAAGCUUUUUGUGCGUAUGGAAAAUUUCUGGGAUCUUUUAUUUCAGCUCAUGAAACAUGGAACCAACACUUUACAUGUUGCAUUUUAUAAUUUAGUUCAGUGUAUGAUGGUGGAAGGGCUGUAAGGACUCAAUGUUACAAUAGCUUUACAGUAAGCUAAAUGCUAUCCUUUGACUGGAGGUGUGGUCUAGACUAGACAAGCGUAUUCCUCCCCUCUCCAUCGACAUGUUGUGAUUCCAGCGGCUCUUGUCUGUCUGGAGGAGCCAUGUCCACUCAGUAAAAUUAAACCCAGGCCUGGAGUGAGAUUAGCCAUUGAGAUGAGGAGUGGCGGGGGGCAGGCAAUCACAACUAAGUAUGCUAAAUGAACUGCUUCCAUCAGAGGCUCAACGUUUGAUGUGUGGCUCCACUCCUCUUGACGCCCUAAAGCGGUCUUCAGCAUUCUGGCAGUGACAGACUCUGGUAAUGUGUUUGAUGUUGAAGGGUGACCUCAGUUUACUGCUGGGGGUAGCAAGCCAAGCCAAGCCAAGGCAACUGGAAAUGGGGCUCUUUCCAAAGGAUGGUGUGACAUCAACUACAGGAAUGAGCUGUGGAGAGAAACGGUUUCCCCCCAUCUCUCCUUUGUCAGUUUCUCUGACCUCUAACCGCUGACCACAACCAGGAAGUUCUGAGGUUUCAACUUCUACUCCUGGUCCCCUCCCACGCUCCCCUCUGAUCUCACAUCAGACUGUGUAAAUAGGAAGAUUGAGUAGCUUGUUUCUGAUUGGUCUAAAAGCAACUCUCUGACCUCUAACGUUAGUCAGGGUCGUGUCACGAUUUGGAUGGAUCAUCUCCGAUCCCCCAUCAGACCGAGCAGCAAAGCCUUGAGAAGUGCCAACUUCCAUUCUCUAGUUAGUGACCUUGCCACUUUUCAAGGCCUGGCUCAAUGAUUAACCUGGACUAGUUUGUGCAUGUUGUGUUUUCCCUCCCGUCUGGCAUUGUGUACACAGUGUGGCAGGAUUGAUUUCUGUCUCGCUCUGCCUUCGUCUGUGAAGGUCCUUGAGAGUGAUGUGUUGUACAGAGUGGUGGUGUGUGUGUUUAAACACUGAGGCAUGGCUGUCUCCUCUCAUUAACACGUCUCACUGCAGCACAGCACAUACAAGCUGGGAAAGUACCAGGAGGAAUCAUGAAGAAUAAGUCACAGCAGCUCUGUGUUUCACUGAUAUGCCUGAUGUUUAGAACACAUGCUUCUCUGAACUCAACGCCACUUUAAUUGAAUUGCUUAUAAUUGAUUAGUACAGAAAAUAUAAGAUGGACUUCAAUGGUCAGUGUGUUAAAGCUAGAAUCCUUAGUUGCUACAUCCAUUUUGGACUUAUAAAGUAAUGAUAUUCCCAUUGAUUCUUGAAGAAUAUAACUUGUAAAUGUCUCAUGAGCUUAGUUCAACUGUCAUACCCCAUCAGACUCCAAAAUAUCAGCUUGUUAUAACAAUAUAAAUGUAAACAAACAAUGAAUAGACUCAAAAAAUGAUUAAAACUAUAAUUUUGAUGUCAUGGAUGGUCUGUCCUUGCAUCCAUAGCUCUGUCUAUGAAUUUGAGUGGUUACAAUGUUCCAAGGCUGAUAUUUCACAUGUCUCUUCACGAAAGCCUCUAUUGAGAUGCUGUUGUAUUGUGAUACUCAUAUCUGGCUGUGGAUCUCUCCUUCAUUUACAGUCCAGUUUGAAGGGGCGGAGAAGUCCAGAAUGUCGCCCACCAAGGAGGGUAAAGGAGGGCGUCCGCCCCGCGUCCACUCCAGUUGCUGUCUGGUCAACACCAAGAUGAGCUCUCUGGACCACUGCAGUGCUACUCUGGGGGAACGCAUUGACCCCUCCAUGCCCCUGGAGAGCCAGUUGUAAGUCAUCCUCCCCUACUGUCUUUCUAUCCACAUAAUUAUAAUGACUAGUAAUUCUAUUCCUGUGAUCCUCUCUAGGGAUUUGGUACUUUUGUGUUGGUGCUUCUGAGAUAGAGCUGUGUGGAGAUGUUUGAUUGUCUUUUGAUGUUAGAUAACAGACACUUUCUCCAUUUGAAACUCUGUUUUACCCUCCCUCUUCUCUCCACCCUGCAGCUGGUACCAUGGAUCGAUCAGCAGGACGGAUGCAGAGUCUCUGCUGAGGCUGUGUAAGGAGGCCAGCUACCUGGUGAGGAACAGUGAGACCAGCAAGAACGACUUCUCCCUCUCACUCAAGUAAGACCCUUCCUAUACAUACUGUCCACUAAACACAAGUAACAGUGUACAGUUUUGACACACCACCCUCUCACACACUAGAGAACAUACAGCACCCAGUACCUACAGUGCCUUCAGAAAGUAUUCAUACCUCUUGACUUAGUCCACAUUUUGUUGUUACAGCCUGAAUUCAACAUUUAUUAAAUAGAUUUAAUCCAUUUUGAUUUAAUCCACAUAAUACCCCAUAAUAACAAAGUGAAAACACGUUUUAAUCUUUUUGCAAAUUUAUUGAAAAUGAAAUACAGAAAAAUCUCAUUUACGUAAGUAUUCACAACCCUUUGCUAUGACACUCCAAAUUGAGCUCAGGUGCAUCCAAUUUCUUUUGAUCAUCCUUGAGCUGUCGCUACAACUUGAUUGGAGUCCACCUGUGGCCAAUUCAAUUGUUUGGACACACUUGUCUAUAUAAGGUCCCACAGUUGACAGUGCAUGUCAGAGCAGAAACUAAACCAUCAAGUCGAAGAAACUGUCCAUAGAUCUCCGAGAUAGAAUUGUGAUGUGGCAAACAGUAUUUCUGUGAAAGGGUAUAAAACAAUUUCUAGAGUGUUGAAAGUUUCCAAGACCACAGUCUACCCAGACUCUGCCUAGAGCUGGCCGUCCGACCAAACUGAGCAACCGGGCAACAAGGACCUUGGUCAGGGAGGUGAUCAAGAACCCAAUGACCACUCUGACAGAACUACAGAGUUCCUUGGCUGAGAUGGAAGAACCUGCCAGAAGCACAAGUCUCUACAGUACUUCACCAAUCUGGGUUUUAUGGUAGAGUGGCCAUAUGCUACACAUGAGAAAAAGGCACAUGACAGCACGCCUAAAGUUUGCAAAAAGGGACAUGAAAGACUAAGAUCAAAAGGCAAAAGAUUCUGUGGCCUGAAUGCAAAGCGCUAUGUAUGGAGAAAACCAGGCACAUCACCUGUCUAACGCCAUCCCUACUGUGAAGCAUGGUGGUGGCAGCAUCAUGCUAUGUGGAUGCGAUUCAGCGGCAGGGACUGGGAGACUGGUAAUGAUAGAGGGAACAAUGAAUGGAGCCAAAUACAGGAAAAUCCUUGAUGAGAACCUGCUUCAGAGUGCAAAUGACCUUAGACUGGGGCGAAGAUUUACGUUCCAACAGUACAAUGACCGCAAGCAUACAGCCAAAGCAACGGUGGAAUGGCUUCAGAACAAGAAUGUGAAAGUCCUUGAGUGGCCCAGCCAAAGCCGAGACUUGAAUCCCAUUGGAAAUCAGUGGAAAGAUGGAAGGUGCUUCCACAAAGGAUUGACUUUAUGUAAAUUAGAUAUUUCAUUUUCAAUACAUUUGCAAACAUUUCUAAAAACAUGUUUUGACUUUGUCAUUAUGGGGUAUUGUGUGUAGAUGGGUGAGAAAUAAAAUCAACUUAAUCCAUGUUGAAUUCAGGCUGUAACACGACAAAAUGUGGAAUAAGACAAGGGUAUGAAUACUUUCUGAAGGCACUAUUUACAGUAUGACACACACACUUCACUGAGGGUGUUCACAGGUUAUCAUAGAGUAUAGUUCUAUAGAUCGAGUACCAGUUCAACACACAGUACAGCACCAUUAUUCUGCCUCCAGGAGUCUUCCUCACCUCCUACCUACUUGCUGACUCAGUUUGUUCAGUAUGGUAAUGCACAUCACCUUUAAGACCCCUGUCCUUCCUACAUGAUGCCCUCCCACCUCCACCAGGUAACCUCUCUGGCCCUGUUGGUGCUCUGAUUCGCUGACUUGCCCAGAACUGAGUUCAAAUUGCCCCACUGGCUGACCUCUGCCCCCUGACUGUGACCUGUCUCCGGGCCAGCAGUGGGUCCAGGGGACAGGCCCUGAUUGUUUAGUCUGGUCUGACAUUUGGCUGGAGGGUAGCUUAAAGGGUCUCGCUGCACAGCGGGCACUCACAUCCACAGGGCAGUCACAUCCCAUCAACUCAGAGGUUCUGAGAGCUCACACUACCGCAGGGAGGCUGCCAACUGAUGAGUGUCAGCGGGCUGCCAUUUCACCAGCACACAGCAAUACCUGGCUGAGAAAACCAUUUCACCACAGGGGCAGAGGAAGUGCCUCUGAUAUGAGCUGCAGAGAAGAUAACUGCUUGAGUUAUGGCCAUGGAAGACAGUUCUACAGUAUUAUUGUCACCUUUCUUCAGAUAGAAACUGCCAUUUAUGCUCUUUUGUUAUGAGCUUCUUUUUUUUUAUAUAGAUAAUUUUCUGCACAUUAUUCACAAUAAAGCACAUAUCUGUCGAUAAGUCAGUGAUAGAUUAGAUACAUUGCAGCAGGGGGAAAAACAGUUGCUGGGGCCGAGGACGUUCCUUGUCAGUCUGCUUUAGGCUCAUCUCUGCUGGCAGGAGGAGAUGAUGCUGGCCAGAGCUGCUCCACUGCUCCUCACACUGACUGCUGAUUUCAUUACCAGAGCUCUGGAACUCUGCUCUGGCCUGCCUGGGGACACACAGGGAAUUAGACUGGUGGGCUUGAUUGGACAGACAGUGCUGGGCCAUUGGUUGGACUGUCUGGUGCAGUAGGCAGGUAGGCCUUAUUGGACAGACAGGGCUGGGGCUGGGGUUUGUUUGGGGAGACUGGUGGCGACCGGCGGGGUGCCCACUAUGACACAUCCCAUGCUGUGUCUGAGGGGGUGGAGGAGAGGAGUGUUAUUGAUCCCCAGUAGGAGCUGUCCUUCUCAGUCAGCCCACACACGGUGACCUUUCAGCCAGCAGGACUGAACCUCUGACCCUGUCAGUCCGGCUGCCUCCAUGGCCAGUCAUAGUGGUAGAAAGUCAUAUUGACUCUGAGUUCAAAGUUCAAACACAUAGACUUCUGAGUGCGUCUAGGAUCACCAAUGUCCAUCCCAGGAAUAAUGGGACUAAUUGUGUCAGUUCCAGAAAGGAGUGAUGGAACUAAUUGUUCCGUGUCUGUGUGCUUGUGAGACCAAUUGGUUUGCGAACCAUAAAUCAUAGUUGUGUAAAAGGCUGUUUACAACACUCUCUUUGUUGGACCUCCUGCACAGAUCAGUGGAGAUGUCAUCCACCCAGGGCAAAGGCAGGAAGGCAGAUAUUUCUAAACAGCUCUCUGGUGUGUGUGGUGGAUCAUGUGCCUGUGUCCUGCCAGCUUGACUGUGUUUGUUGUGCAGUACUGGUAGGAAGCAGAGGAGGCUGUAGGGUCAUUAAGAUCAACCCAGUAAACAAUCAGCAGGUUGAUUCAUGUAGCCGGCAGUGGGGAGGAGGUGACAGAGUUCAGUCUGAUCAUGUUGGAGCCUCCUCCUUCUCCUGCUUCCUAGAAGCCUCUGUGGCAGGGGCUGGAGACCCUGUGUUUAGAUACUCCAUGUCUGGAGCUGCUGAAAUAUUCAUGAGGCCCGUUCGGUGGCACGUUUGUGCUUUGCAUCAUUGAUGAAGGCCCAGACUUUCACUAGCCAUGAGUCUCGAGAGCCUUUUGACAGGGAGAGAUGGUACCUAGUCUCUGUCUCCGUUUGUCUCUGUCUCUCUCUCUCUCUUUCUCUCCCACUCUCUCUCUCCUCCUCUCUCUGAAGAUGAGUGCUCUUUUCGGUGCAUAAAACACAUUUAACCUUUCACUAGUCUCUGAGUGGCGUAGCUCUGCCUCCUCACCCCAGGGAGAGGUUUUACGCAGCCGGGUUUACGGGCUGACUGAGGUAGAAAAUAAACCGUUGAUGAAAGAGGAAAACAAAGAUUUAUGCAACAAAAUGUGUUGAUGCUAUAACACAUGGGAAACUAGAAAGCCUUGGAACUGUAGAAAGAACAACAAAAGCUCUUUGCGUUGGCAACUGAACUCAUGCCAGGAGAGGCAAAAGUGUCUCAGAAAAGUUUCCUCCUCUUUUUGUCUUUCUUGUGAGAGACACAGGGCUCUCCCAGUGAGGGCUCUCCCAGUGAGGGCUGUCCCAGUGAGGGCUCUCCCAGUGAGGGCUCUCCCAGUUUGUGGUGGAGUGCGCGGUUCAGUGUGCGUGCAGUUCAGUGCACAGUUCAAUGUGUUUUAUUAAUGAAUGUUUUGUUCUUGGAUAUUAGCACAACUGGAAUGGUUCCCAAAUGAAACACAACAACAACACAGAUUUAUGUUUUGUACAAUAUACACUGCUCAAACAAAUAAAGGGAACACUAAAAUAACACAUCCUAGAUCUGAAUGAAUGAAAUAAUCUUAUUAAAUACUUUUUUCUUUACAUAGUUGAAUGUGCUGACAACAAAAUCACACAAAAAUUAUCAAUGGAAAUCAAAUUUAUCAACCCAUGGAGGUCUGGAUUUGGAGUCACCCUCAAAAUUAAAGUGGAAAACCACACUACAGGCUGAUCCAACUUUGAUGUAAUGUCCUUAAAACAAGUCAAAAUGAGGCUCAGUAGUGUGUGUGUGGCCUCCACGUGCCUGUAUGACCUCCCUACAACGCCUGGGCAUGCUCCUGAUGAGGUGGCGGAUGGUCUCCUGAGGGAUCUCCUCCCAGACCUGGACUAAAGCAUUCGCCAACUCCUGGACAGUCUGUGGUGCAACGUGGCGUUGGUGGAUGGAGCGAGACAUGAUGUCCCAGAUGUGCUCAAUUGGAUUCAGGUCUGGGGAACGGGCGGGCCAGUCCAUAGCAUCAAUGCCUUUCUCUUGCAGGAACUGCUGACACACUCCAGCCACAUGAGGUCUAGCAUUGUCUUGCAUUAGGAGGAACCCAGGGCCAACCGCACCAGCAUAUGGUCUCACAAGGGGUCUGAGGAUCUCAUCUCGGUACCUAAUGGCAGUCAGGCUACCUCUGGUGAGCACAUGGAGGGCUGUGCGGCCCCCCAAAGAAAUGCCACCCCACACCAUGACUGACCCACCGCCAAACCGGUCAUGCUGGAGGAUGUUGCAGGCAGCAGAACGUUCUCCACGGCGUCUCCAGACUCUGUCACGUCUGUCACGUGCUCAGUGUGAACCUGCUUUCAUCUGUGAAGAGCACAGGGUGCCAGUGGCGAAUUUGCCAAUCUUGGUGUUCUCUGGCAAAUGCCAAACGUCCUGCACGGUGUUGGGCUGUAAGCACAACCCCCACCUGUGGACGUCGGGCCCUCAUACCACCCUCAUGGAGUCUGUUUCUGACCGUUUGAGCAGACACAUGCACAUUUGUGGCCUGCUGGAGGUCAUUUUGCAGGGCUCUGGCAGUGCUCCUCCUGCUCCUCCUUGCCCAAAGGCGGAGGUAGCGGUCCUGCUGCUGGGUUGUUGCCCUCCUACGGCCUCCUCCACGUCUCCUGAUGUACUGGCCUGUCUCCUGGUAGCGCCUCCAUGCUCUGGACACUACGCUGACAGACACAGCAAACCUUCUUGCCACAGCUCGCAUUGAUGUGCCAUCCUGGAUGAGCUGCCCUACCUGAGCCACUUGUGUGGGUUGUAGACUCCGUCUCAUGCUACCACUAGAGUGAAAGCACCGCCAGCAUUCAAAAGUGACCAAAACAUCAGCCAGGAAGCAUAGGAACUGAGAAGUGGUCUGUGGUCACCACCUGCAAAACCAGUCCUUUAUUGGGGGUGUCUUGCUAAUUGCCUAUAAUUUCCACCUGUUGUCUAUUCCAUUUGCACAACAGCAUGUGACAUUUAUUGUCAAUCAGUGUUGCUUCCUAAGUGGACAGUUUGAUUUCACAAAAGUGUGAUUGACUUGGAGUUACAUUGUGUUGUUUAAGUGUUCCCUUUAUUUUUUUGAGCAGUGUAGUUGACCUAUUAUGAGAACCACCAACCACAUUCUUGUUUUUUAAAUCACUCUAAACCAUGAGGAACAGGUGUGAUCAUGUCCUGAUCGUGUUAGUAAUCCUUCCAGUCAGACACGCUCUGUUUGUGGCUGCCACAGUACGUAUUAAACCAGAAGAAUAGCUAUUCAGGACAUUUCCUGUCCCACAAUGCUUCAUAAAGUCAUUGCUUUCUUUCUGGAUCAUUAUCUUCUGUUGGGUGAAUGUGGCUUCUCUGAUGCCACAGAUUUAUUGCAUUGAAGCAUAAUUCAUAGUUCAGUCUAAUAUAUGAGAGUUGGAGAUAAACGAGGAUUGCUGUCUCUAUUUCUCUGCUGUGAGGAUGAGGGUUCAAGUGAAAGUCAUAGACCCCGGUGAACAGGACACCAGGACACUCCUCCAGAGUGAAAUGAAUCCAGAUUAGACAAUAAAAGCGCACAACUAAAUAGGAUAUGAUAACAAACACAAAAGGCCCAGUCUUGUCAAAAAUAGCCCUACAUUUCUGUUAUCAGACAGCAGUGAGUAGUGGUCUGUUGCUCCGUUGUCUCUGAGUCUCCACGGAGCUGAAACGCGAUAAGCAUAGCUAAACGCUGACGGGGAAGGAAAUCUUCGGGGGAUUUUAAAAUGUUCCUAUUGAUGUGUUUAGCUUUUUAAGUGGUGUGCCCAUGUAACCCAAGGCCUGUCUCCUCAAACUGUUGAUGAAUCGAUCACACUUUGCCUUCAGAGUGGCCCUUCCUCUCCUGGCCCAGCUUAAGAAGCAGCAACACAGUGACUACAUCCCAAAUUGGCACCCUACUUCCCUAUAUAGCGCACUACUUUUGGCCUAAGCCCUAUGGGCCCUGGUCAAAAGUAGUGCAGUAAAUAGGGAACAGGGUGUAAUUUGGGAUGUAGGCAGUGAACAGGCUCUGUGACUAGUGAUAUAUGUUAUCCUAUACUCCAACCAAUACACUUUGAUUUGAUUUGAUUAACAUCCUGGUAAUGACAGAGAUGUAUUCAAAUGGAGGAGCUGGCUGGGUGAUGAGGCGCAGUAAUGGAGGAGGCUGAAGCUAGCUGUAUUUACUUCACUUUUAUAGCAGCAGAGAAACCCUGCAGUCCUCUCCCUCAGCUCUCUUAUAAAACGAUCAUCCACGUCUCCUCACACUAGAUGCUCUCAAUCUCCCUCGUUUCUUUUACUGUCUCUGUCUCCCCCUCUCCGACUCCUCUCUCCUUCUAUCUUCCCAUCUCUAACCAUACUUUUAAUGCAGCAACUACAUAUGUCAAGGCGGUGACUUGCCAGUCUUACAGCAGCAAUGUGUUGAAUAGAAGAUAUGAGAGAAUUCAUGUUGACUGUCCUUCAUCUGCAUUGGUCCUUACUAGUUUCACCAUGUCACACUAGGGUUUUAUCUCUUGGUUCAUGAACUGAUGAAAGAUUUGACUUACAAUAAGUAUAUGCCUCUGAUGUUUUGAGAAAUGUCAUUUUUAAUGGUUAUUGUCCCUUAAUUGAACCUGUUACAUUUCCCCUUGAUCCUAAUGUUGGUGUUCUCUGCAUGGCUUUGUUUCUGCUGGUGUCUUAGUGAGAUAAUAUGGCUUCAGGCUUUUCCAAUGCAAUUAUAAGAUAAGGGAAGUAAGGACAUCUCAUUUAAGAUGCCCAGCAAUUUGUGCUUUCUGCUGAUAAUGGACACACAUAUAUACACACACACACACACACACACACACACACACACAGAAUGGCUUAGAAAACAUAUUUCUGUCUUUGAAUUCCACUCCCUUCUUAUGGGAACAGGAAGGCAGUACAGUCAAUCACUGGUUGUUAUUCCACUGUUUUAUUUCUGUUUACAGGAGAGGGGACACCUGCUCUGCUAAAUAUUGCAUAUAUAAUUUUCCUAACUGUGUAAGUCCUCUGGGUGAGCUGAUCUGCAGUAUCUUGGGCAUUGCACAAUGCAAACAGAAGAAAAAACAUUAUCUGGGACCAUGAGUCAGUGUGUGCUCAGUGCUUGACACUAACCUGAUGCUUUCUGCUCGAAAAGGCUCUAUAAUGUCUCCUGAACUGUCCUAGCUACCUCUAACUCGUCUCUCCUCCACGUCUCACUAGCUGUCUCGUCUAUUCCUCUCUCUCUCUCUCUCUCUCUCUCUCUCUCUCUCUCUCUUCUCCCCUCUCCUCUUCUCUUCUCUUUGUCAUCUCUGUCCUCUUCCUCUCUCUCUCGAGCUCUCCUCCUCUCUCUGACCUCUCUCCUCUCCCUCUCCUAUGUGAGCAAAGGCCUGUGUCACUGCCCUCCUGCCUGCAGCUUCUGUCCAGUGCAGCAUAAUGGGUUUUAUACAGCCACAUUUCUCAUUAAGACAAGGCUCCGGAGCAGGAGAUUACUUAAGAGCUGUAAAGCACACAGAUCCAAGGCUCCGGCUCAGGCCUAGAAAUACUGUAGGGAGCACAGCCCAGGGAGCAUUUCAUUUGCUCUGCAUUUAUUAACUGGUGUAGCCUAAGUGAUUCUUCCUGGCAGCUCAUUAGACCUGUAGCAUUCUCGAUUUACCCUUACUUAGGAGCAUGCAGUAUGUGACCUGGGUUCUAAACCAGCCCUACUUUACUGCAUCACCUGGGAAUGAUCUGUCACACUGUACCGCUGAGAGAUAAAGCACUCAUAAUAUUUAGAGCUGAAAUAUUGUUUUCUCUCUCCAUCUAGGAGCAGCCAGGGCUUCAUGCACAUGAAGCUGUCGAGGACGAAGGAGAACAAGUACAUCCUGGGUCAAAACAGCUGUCCCUUCAUCAGUGUCCCCGAGAUCAUCCACUUCUACUCCAGCCGCAAGCUGCCCAUCAAGGGGGCCGAGCACAUGUCCCUGCUCUACCCCGUGGCCAUCAGAACACUAUAGUGACACUUCCUUCCCCAAAGGUCACUCGGGGUCAGAUGCCCUCUCCUGCCACCUCCCCUGGGAAACCCUGUCGCUCUGCCUAUCUGCUUCUGUCUGAUUGGUCUGAAGGACAGAGUUCAAGUUGGCGGAGGAGGCAGGGAUGAUGAUGAUGAUGAUGAUG